AUGAAUGGAACACGGUUAUGCCUAGUACGAACAAUGCCUAUUUGGCGACUCCAUUGGUCUAGACGUCAAAUGGCAAGUAUAGCGCCCAAUUUGCCCCAGGAAAUCUAUCAAAUUGUCGCCGAUCAGCAUCACCCGCCAUCAUCAGGUAUGGAAGUCAGAGAGCUAAACAAAAUUCUAGCUUACGUACGAAAAAACCAGAUCCUCACCAUACAACAACGGGCAUCAGUAAUUCAGGGUCUGUUUAAGCGUGAUGCCUACCGAGAGGUUGUGACAGUAGCAAAGUCUGCACUUUUUGAUGAAGAAAACAAUCUCCGGAAUGAUGUUUCCGCUGUUGAACUGAAAAAGUUCUUUUCGGCAUUGAUCUCUGUCAAAAAGUCUAUGCAACUCGAAAACUAUAUGUUUCAAAUGAUCAAGCAAUUUGGGCUAACGCGAACGCCACUGACCCUCCACGUUGUCAACGCAACAUUUGUGCAUUUCUCAUCAUGCUACAGCUUUUCAGAAUCUCUACUCUUUUGGGUUAAAAUCUACAAAUUCAUGCAGGGCCAUGUCAACUUUACGAAUUAUGAGCACGAAAAACCAAUACUGAAACCACUCCUCUUCUAUCUGCGAAGUUUGGGCAACAUAGAACCUUCGUCCGUGCAAGAUACAUUAAAUUUCAUAGACAAGACGCAAGGGUCGCUUACUGCAUCUCAAUUUGCAUCCACUUUGUUGUACUUGGUAACAUACAACAGAAAUUUCCACCUUGCAGAGACCUUGUGGUCGGCCAAGAUUGAACGAAACUAUCCUGUAUACAUUUCUGACUUGACCCAGAUCUGCAAGGCUUAUUGUCACUUCGGUAAGUAUUCCCAACUUGAGGAAACAUACGGUCGAUAUCCAGAGGCUCAUGACGAUCAUUCACAGUUUGACUACUUGCUAAUUGCCUAUGCCAAGCAGCAGAAUUGGCAAAGUCUACAAAAUCAAUUUAAUUCCUUAUUUGGCAUUGGAGAACUGCCCAGUAUUAAUCAUUACGGGAUUGUAAUGUACUCAGUGGCCCGUCUGGGGGAAAAGGAAAUGGUGGAAAAGUUAUAUAAGCAGCUGUUGAGGAGGGGUAUGAUUCCUUCACUUCCUGUUCUACAAGCCCUUUUACAUGUUCAUUACAAAACUGGUGACUACAAUGGAUGUUUCCAGUAUUUCGAGCUAUUCAAAAAGUAUGGUAUCAAACCAACAUCGGCUAGCUGUCAAAUAAUGUUGCGCGUAUAUCGCAACUUAUGUGAUAUCGAUGGCUCCUUACGGUUCUUAAAAAAAAUGACAGAGGACAAAAUUGAGAUGCAAGAGAGACAUUUCUCCACAAUAAUAGGCACCUGUGCAAAAACAACUAACCAUGUCAUAGCCGAUGAACUUUUCCAAGUAAUGAAAGGCCAUUAUAAUAUAACCCCAACUGGCAGCUCAAUCGGAGCUCUUGCCCAUGUUUACAUUGAGAGCAAAAUGCCCCAGCAAGCAUUAAAACUGUUCAAAGAAUAUUGUAAAUCAGGUCAUUCAAUAGAAAAUGAAAUCACCGUUUACAAUAAGGCCGCAGAGGCUUAUAUGCAUAUGGGUCUCAACACGAAGACCGAAAAGGUUUUCAACGAGAUCUUGAACAAAAAUUUGUCGGCUGACUCUGAAUUCUACGCAGUCAUGUUGAAACACCUUUCUUGGAAUAUGAAGGAUUUUGAGACUGCAGAAAAUGUUUUAGAGCAGUUACUACACCAUUCAACUCUGGAGGCAAAACCCUCUCAUUUUGAAAUCCUGAUGCAAGCAUACGAUAAGAUCUCGAACCGGGAUGCCGUUCUUAAUCUUUACAAAAAAUUGUUGAACAAUAAGGUUCCUGUCAACUCAAAAAUUAUCUACUAUUUGAUCAAGUCAACGUUUAAAACAAAGCUCAAGACUAAAGAAAGUCUCGACGAGGCCAUGGAUUUUGUUGAAGACAUUAUGCAAAGAGCUGCCAAUAGGACUCUGGACAUAACGUUUGAGAAAUUACAUCCGUCUGUCAUGGCGUGGCCCAUGAGGGCCGCUGCGAAAUACCAUAGUCCUGUAAGAGCCAUGGACUUGAUGAAUAAAUACAAUGAGCUUUUUUUCAACAAGACGGACGCAGUUUCCAGCAACCUUGUUGUAAUGAGAAGCUUAUUGGUCUUGUCUGCGGAAGUUCAUCAGUGGGACGACUUCCAAAAAAUAUAUGAAAGGUAUCUUAACAAAAUUGGAUACUAUAAAAAUUUGCCUUCAGCCCUUGUUGAGAACCAAAAAUUGAAGUCCCUAUUGAUUGGAGUUUUGAGGUACAAAAUUAAGCACCUGGUAGCGACCUCUCGUGCGGAGGAAAUUCCGGUAGUUCUGAAGGAGGUAUCCGCCAAACAUUUUGUCAUUGAUAAUGAGGCUUGGAAUGAAGCCAUCGAGAGUAUGUUCUGCGAUACAAGAACCAUUGAGGACGGUCUUCAGGCGAUAGACUCAAAAUUGAUUCAUGGUUUUAAUUUGAUUCAUAAACACAGGCUUUUAAGGAGAAAUUUUGCUGCUAAAACAUCCACAGACAGAAACCCAUGGCUGCUAGAAAGAAAGAAGCAAAAUCCAGCUAGUUUUCAGCCAAAACUGUAUCUCAAAUCCGCUGUCUUCGAACGCGUCAUCGAAGCUAUGGACAAGUACUUGAGCACACAGGAUAAUCUUGAGGCAGAACUCAAGAGGCUCACAAGCAAAUACAAAUAUUUCAUGAAAAGCUACUUAAUGAAGCCUCGAAACAAGGUAUCUGGUUGGGAAAACAUAGAGCUAAAGCACUCGGUAUACCUCACGAGAGUAAGAAGGGAAAAAAGAGCUAUCAAUCCCAGCGACGUUCCUUUCUAA